CGCCAUGACAACACAAGAUGGCGGCCAAAUAUGAACUGUUCAUUUACUGAUGAGCACUUUCUCUAGUCAAUCGAAAGAUGGCUAUGGAACAAGUGCAAAUUAUAAAGGACACACAUUGUAAAUCUAUUACAGCUGUAGGCUAUAAUCCAAUAAAGCAUGAGAUAUUAGCUGGAUUUGAAGAUGGUGUUAUUAAGGCUUGGGAUUACUCCACUGGUGAAGCUGGAAAAUCUGUACGUUCUGUUCACGAACAUGAGGGCUUUGUCACAGCAUUUCUUUUCUGGUCGGAAGCCAAACUGAUGUUUUCAAGUGGUAACGAUGGUACGAUUAUUGCGUGGGGAUCUGGAGGAGCUGUUUAUGACCAAGUUCAUAUUGGUAUUCCUAUUUAUGGUAUGGCUUGGCAUUCACGAAAAAACCAAUUAAUUGCUUGUGCAGGAACAACAGUUCAAGUCUUUUCAAUGAAAGAUCCUGGAAAGGAAUUAGGUCACGUCAUCGAUACUAAAGCGUACAUAUGUCGCGAGCAUACUGAUAUAGUGAAAUGUAUAGCUGCACUGGAAACAAGACUUUACAGUGGCGGUUUUGACAGAACCCUCAUUGUUUACGAAUCAUUGUCUUAUCCUGGUGCUAGAGGAUUGAAAGUAGCGACGUGUAUUAGAGACGCUCACGAGGCAGGAAUUACCUGCUUGUCAGUAACUCGCGAUUCUGACAAUAAUACUCUGUUAUUUACCGGUUCCUUUGAUAAAUCUGUGAAGAUAUGGACUCCCGAUGGUCAAAUUAUGCAUAGAUUUGAUGGAUUUAGUUCAGUAAUAACAGGUUUGGUAUAUGUCAGACCAGCGAAGACAAUAUGGAUAGCCGCAGGCGGGUUCGAGGCGCCCAUGUACGAUCCGAAGUCAGGCGAAAACGUCUCAGAUUUUAUUGGUACAUUUCACACACCCAACGAAAAUAUACUGUUAGAAUUGCUGGCUUUUAUACCAGAGCUAGGACAAGUGAUAGGUACUAAUAUCAGACGGCAACUCAUUCUUUGGAAAUUCAACCCCUCCGGUUGUUUAACUACCUUGAGACAUAAUUGCCCUGUUGAGUCACUUGCAUAUACUCCUAAGGUCCCCCUGCUGAUAUUUAGUGGUGGCAGCGAUGGAAAUGUCACAAAGUGGGAACGACUUCAAGCCAGCAAUUUUAUCUAUAGUAAAGAAACAUUUCCAAGGAGCGAAGGACUUGCUCGACUUGCUUACCAGUUUACUGAGAAGUAUGAGAAAAUUGGUGGAAGAAGUGAGAGAAAAAGACCAAAAGAAUUGUAUUCUGCUUCCCCUGAUUGUGGUAAACUCACGAAAAUGAGUUACUCAAACCCAGACUUCACCAAUGAUGUGUCCAUACUGAAUUCUUUAUUCGUUGAAAGUUUGGACUUGUUAGUGUUUGCAUCAGAGGACAAUAAUAUUUAUGUUUGGGGUUUUGACAAGAAUGCCGUGGACGUUUUACAGAAAAUGAAACCGGUCGAUGAAGUUUUAAAUCACAGAUAUGCGAUUUUACUAGAUAACGGUGGUUGUAUGCCUGAGACAGAAACUGGUGUAUCAAAAGGAAAUAUUGAUUCCGUGACCAACCGAGUGGCUGGUUUUAUAUGCAAGAGUGUAUUUAGCGAGCAUAACAACUGUAUUACUGGUAUAGUAGCUGUGGAGAAAGAUCAUAGAGAAAGAUAUAAUACAACAUUUUUGAUUAGCACAGGCUGGGAUCGAAAAAUUCUUAUAUGGGAUUUAGAAAAAUUAUGCCUUCACGAUGUAUUCUAUAACACAGCAGACUCGAAUGGAAAUACAUCUUGUGCAGAACUUUCUGCAGAUGGAGUCAUUAUGGACCUUGCAUAUAGCCCCGAAAGAGAUGAAUUUGCAUACGCUGCCUCGGACAAACUAGUCUACAUUCGACAAUUUUCCGAUGAAGGCUCGAAUAUGAAAUUGACCGGAAUUCUUCAAGGUCACGAAGCUGACGUAACACAGGUUAAGUGGAAUGCUGUGUUUUCCAAGUGGGUAACAGGCUCGGACGAUGGAAGCAUACGGAUAUGGAAUGACGACGGAAUGCAAUGUGAACAGCAAAUCAGCACUCAGGGAGCAAUCACAGCACUUUGUAUCGACCAAACAAAUGGCUGUGUUGCUUUAGGUGUGCAGGAUAGAAUAAGGGUUUACGAUCCCGAUUGUCGAAAGUUUGUCCAAACAAAUGUUGGUCACAGUGACUCUGUAAGAAGCAUAAUCCACGUGCCGGAAAGAGGGCAGUAUAUUUCUUCUUCUUGGGAUAAGACAGUUCGAAUCUGGAAUGCAUACAAAAAAAAAGUUAAAUGAUGGCAGCAUGGUUUCCUGAUCAGGAGUAAUAAAUACAUCCAUGCCGUAAUGAAGAAUCUCCAAACAAAAAUUUAAUUAUC